UCCCCUCUUCUUCUUCUUCCUCCAUUUCCAUCCACCCAUACAGACGCGACCAUCCAUGGCUGCCUUUGGAAGCCUCCACCCCGUCUUUGAGAACCCAUUGCCAGAAACUCCCCCCCUCCUCGAAGCCUUCUCGCCAUGGCACCAGAUCAAGGCCUUGAAACCUGUAAAACACUCUUCUUUCAUUGACAUCUUUGGCGAGCUUCAUUUCAAACAAUCCUCUACCCAUCAAUCUUCUUCUUCUUCUUCUUCUUCUUCAUCCUCUGGUUUCUUCAAACCUUUGAUCUCUUCCUUUUCGUCUUCUUCUUCUAAUUCGACAUCUCAACCGAGAAAGAACGUCGACGAUGAAAAAGACAAGAUCAGUAAUAAUCCGCCAUAUGGAUGCCAUCAUAAGAAGAGCCAGAGCUUGCAACUCUGCACAGAGGGACUGGGCUUUGAAAGCUUUGAUGAUGUUGAGGGUCUGAUCAGGAGUGGGAAAAGUUGGCAAAAUAAUAACGAGGAGGAGAAAACGACAUCGUUCAGUGAAAAUAAUAACAAGAAGCAAUUGAUUUUAUGUCGUGAAAAUUAUAGAUGUAGAAGGUCAAAAUCAACAAGUGGAGGUGAGUUUCCUCCUCCAAUUUCUUGUAUAGGGAAAAGUGAGAAAAUGGACGUUUAAAGCUGCAGUUUGUUCAACCUAACGAAGAUAUUCUUGAAGAAGAAGAUGAUAAUGAAGAGGAAGGAGAAGAAGAAGAAUGAAAGGUUUGAUGGAGAAGGUGGUAAUGAAGAAGAAAUGGAAAGGGAGGGCUCAGUACAAA